AUGAACUUGUCUUCCGAGCACUGCAACAUAUCAGAUUGGCUGAGGCUGGAGGCAACAGUCAAGGCCUCUGUCUACGUGGUUGCCUUCUCCUUCGCCACGUUCAUCACUGCCCUCGUUAUCGCCAUAGUGUCACAGAACUUGAACCUGCGGAGAGAGGCCCGAUACAUCCUCCUUUGCCAUCAUCUGCUGUGCAUCUCUUCCUACUGCGGCCUGGGGAUUGUUUUCCAAGGCAUGCGGGCCCUGCUGGCCAACAGCCCCCUGCUGAUAUGCUGGGUGGUGUUCGGGGCACAGCUGAGCGUUGGAGAAGGGAUUCUCUUCACUCUGGCCUUGAUGGCUCUCAACACUUACGUGGUGAUUUGCUGGCCGCUGAAAUCUCUGUCCUUUGUCGAUUCAGUUAAGUAUAGGAUUCUGGCUGGGACUUGGGCAACCGUUAUACUCAAGAAUGUUUGUUUAUUCCUCAUAGAGAGCACUAACCCCUCUGUGGUUUCUGUUUUUAAAUCCGAACCCCUUUGCCCUGUUAUUUUGAAUGGCACUGCUGCCAGGGCCAUUGGCAUGGUUUUCCUUUUCCUUCUGUUGUCUAUCAUUCUUGUAAGUUACUCCCUGAUAUACCAAGAAGGGAAACGUGCUGGCCAUUUUAAUAGGUCAAAUAUCAAAGCAAGGAGAACGAUUCUUAUUCAUUUAGUUCAGAUAAGCUUACAUGUAAUACCAACUCUCAUAUUCAUAGGUUUGGGGAAAGCGUGUGGGUUGUUUUACUUUGCCUUAAAUCUGGUGCUUUUUGGCAUCUUUGCCUUUGCUCAGUGUUUUAACCCUCUGAUCUAUGGGCUCUGGAACAAAGAGCUGCAACGCAGAUUGCACCACUGGACGUGCCAUCAGCUGUGGCGUGGCCACCCUGUGAAUAGCAGAGUUUAA